CGUCAUAUCAUGCGCCGGUAGUAAAUAGGCGGGAAAUUGAAAAACAUAAACAAAGCUGUCUUUGUUCUGUUUGAAAGAGCUAAUCUGAGGUCGUCAACAUGGUGAAAAGGGCACCAAGGAGCAAAUUAAAGUCUUUAAUGAAGAAAAAAUCUCAUAUUCGUGUUGGCACCGCAGCAGAUGCAAUGGUGGAGCUGGGCGUGCUGCUGUUCCUGCACAGUCUCGCGGAGGAGGCGAGGGCGCGAGCUUUCGAGGGGAAAACCGCGACCAUCAAGGCUCAGCACGUGGCAGCGGUGGCCAAGAAAGUGCUAAAGAGAGCCAGAGGUUGAAGCAACACUCCGGGACAGUGACAACAGCAGCUACGUCACUUCCUCCUGUAGAGCCCGCGCCGUGAGACCUACAGUCUUACAUUUUAUGUGUAUUUUCCAUUUGUUGCUAGACAUGCAUUAUAUUUUAUUUUGAUGUAAGACAAUUUCAAUUUUGUAUGUAUUUGAUUAAAUCUGUGACAAGGAU